AUGAAGACGUGGAUUUUUAGGGCAGGUUUGGCCGGUUUGGCUCUGGCGAAUGGAGUACUCGGCGCGGAUAUUCUCGAGACAGUAGGAUUCAGCAACUGCAACGGCACUGCUGCAGUUUCGGUACAAAGGGUCAACAUCAAGUACAACAACGAGGACAAAUCAGUAACCUUCGAUGUGGCCGGCUCGAGCUCGCAGAUUCAGAAUGUCACAGCCGUCUUGAACGUCACGGCUUACGGUCAGAACAUCUACUCGAACGCUUUCGAUCCCUGCGAUGCCGCCACAUUUGUUGACCAGUUGUGCCCCGUUCCCGCGGGCACUUUUUCCGCCAAGGGCACGCAAAAUAUUCCCGAGGAGUUUGCCAACUUGGUUCCAGCUAUCGCGUUUCAGAUUCCCGAUAUUGCGGCCAUGGCUACGUUGCAGCUUCAGUCCAAGGAGUCCGGUGAGAGGGUAGCGUGUCUGGAGGCUCAGGUGAGCAACGGCAAGACUGCCGUUGUCCCUGCCGUUUCCUACGUUGCUGCUGGUGUUGCUGGGGCUGCUUUGAUCAUGAGCGGCAUCUCUGCUGCUGGAGCGGCCUUCUCAGGUGCCAGUGCUGCGGCAAGCGGUGCGAGUGCUGGUGGUAUGGGGACUAUCAGCCCCAGCUUCACCGAGGUCUUUGGCUGGUUUCAGGGCAUGGCCAUGAACGGUAUGAUGUCGGUCAACUACCCCAACGUUUACCGAAGCUUCUCCCAGAAUUUCGGCUUCUCGACCGGUCUCGUGCCCUGGACACAGAUGCAGCUUUCCAUCGAUCAGUUCCGCAACAUGACUGGAGGCAACUUGACAGAAGACAGCGUCGAGUUCUUGAGAGGCGCUACUUUGGUGUACCCGGAUGGUUCGUCCUCGACACCUUCCGGCUCGGCUCUCGUGAAGAGGGCAUUCGACAACUUUGUUCACCUUGCCAGACGUCAGAUCGAGGGUAUCGAGACCAGCGUCAACACCACCGAGCCCGGUGUUGUGCCCGAAGGUGGUGCUCCCACCGAGACUAUCCGCGUGGCUGUCACCGGCAUGCAAGCCUACGUCCAGGAGCUCUCCGUCCCCAAGUCCAACACCUUCAUGACUGUACUCCUCAUUGUGGCUCUUGUCAUCGCCGUCAUCGUUGUGGGUGUCCUCCUCGUCAAGAUCAUUCUCGAGUUCUGGGCUCUCUUCGGCAGCUUCCCAAAGUCAUUAUCUGGCUUCCGCAAGCAUUACUGGGGCUCCAUUGGCCGCGCCAUCACUCACUUGAUUCUUCUGCUCUAUGGCGUGUGGGUUCUGUACUGCGUCUUUCAAUUUACCAACGGAGACUCCUGGGCGGCCAAGACCCUGGCUGGUAUCACCCUCUUCCUCUUCACCGGCAUUCUUGCCUUUUUCUCCUUCAACAUCUGGCGCACAGCCCGGAGACUCAAGAAGCAGGAGGGCGACGUUGCAGGGUUGUACGACGACAAGAGCAUCUGGGUCAAGUACAGCUUGUUCUACGAGUCCUAUCGCAAGGGCUGCUGGUGGAUUUUCGUGCCCACCAUCAUUUACAUGUUUGCCAAGGGUUUCGCUCUGGCUGCCACUGACGGCAAUGGCAUGGUUCAGACGUCUGCCCAGCUCAUCAUCGAGGGCGUCAUGCUCAUCGUUCUGAUCUGGAGUCGCCCCUACGAGCGCAAGUCGAGCAACGUGAUCAACAUCACCAUUCAGGUUGUCCGCGUUCUCUCGGUUGUCUGCAUCUUUGUCUUUGUUGAGCAAUUCGGCAUCGCCCAAACCACCCAGACUGUGGCCGGUGUCGUCUUGAUCGCUGUGCAGUCUGCUCUGACGGGCAUCCUCGCCAUUCUGAUUGCCUGGAACGCGAUCAGUGCCUGCUGCAAGAAGAACCCGCACAGACAGAGAAGAAAGGAGAUGGGUAUGUCAUUUCUUAUCUACCCCUCUCAGGAUCGAGAUCUUGCUAACAUGGCUCCCCAGAAAAAAUGCAACGUGACACCCUCACCCCACUGGAUGCGCGCAACUCUCUCCUUCUCGACCGUGAGAAGACGGCGCAGUCUGAUCUUACCGACUCCUUCUCCCUGCUCAAGACGGGUGCUCCCCUGGGCACUGUUGACACGAAGCAGUCCCUGA